AAAACGCUGCUUUAACUAAAGUAUUUACAAUAAACGUGUUUUAUGUUGUUAGUCUUUCGUGAAGGAAUUUGAGAUGGCUGCGAUACUGAGAACGUUGGCAACGACUGUGGCUUAUCUGCACGAGCACGGCGUCGUCCACAGGGACUUGAAACCGGAGAACAUACUGUUCGCUUCCUCGGACUGCACCCCGGAGAGCAUCACCAUCUGCGACAUGGGAUUCGCGAAGCAACUGCGAGCGGACAACGGUCUCCUGAUGACUCCCUGCUACACGGCCCAUUACGUCGCGCCCGAAGUCCUGAAACGGCAAGGAUACGACGCCGCUUGCGACAUUUGGUCUCUGGGCAUCAUAGUCUACAUCCUUCUGGCUGGGGGUCGGUGCCCCUUCAACAUCGCCGUCAAAGACGGACCUCAGCAGAUCCUGCAGAAGAUCAGCAACGGCAAAAUCGAUUUCCAAACGUCAAGUUGGGCGGGGAUUUCGCAGCAGGCUAAAGAUUUGAUCGGAGACAUGCUGCACGUCGCUCCGCAACGGCGACCCACCGCCGUGCAACUGCUGAAGCAUCCGUGGCUGAAUCCGAGCAACAACAACACCCAAAGUCAAGCGAUUCCAGUGGACGCCGCCAACCUGUAUCCAUCGGUGAGUCGCGUCGAGCUGAAGGAGAGCGUCGCCGCUACUUUUCGCGCUAUUUCGACGGCGCCGGAGGUCGCGAACAUCGGCCCGGUGGCGAUGUCCGAACUGGCAAGGCGGAGGAUCAAGGAUAAAUCGAACGCGUCCUGAGCCGAAGAUUCGUUGAUGGUGAUGAAGGAGGAAGAGGCUUCCGGGUCAAUUAACUCUCUUUUUUUUGUCAUGAUACAAACGUACACAAUCUUGCCAAGAAUAAUCACAAAAGCAAACCAAGUGUGCAUAUAUAAAAAUAUAAUCAUACCGCUACGAAUCAAACGAAAUCUAAGCACAAGAGUAUUACUAGGUGAAUUAAGGUUGUAAACUAUUAAUUAAUCAAAUAUCUUAAGACGAUAUACAUAUAUAUAUAUAAAUAUUUAUAAAAAAAAAUAACUUUAAUCUCUAAUCUUUUUAACACUAUAUUUCUCUCUCUUUCACACUCUCUCAAUGUAUGUUUUUUUUUUAAUUUGUAAAUUUCGAUUUAGUAAUUAUUAUUUAAUUUUUACGCUAAAACCAACUGAAAACUUGUGAUACCGAAUCCUCACUUGGAAAAGAAAAACUUAUAGUAGUAAAUAUGUUGUUGUAAUGAAAUAAUCCCUUCGCGAAAGAGAAUUUAUUUUUGAUCCGCAUUGUGUAAAUACUAAUAUUUAUAUUUAUAUAUACAUACAAUUAUAUUUAGGUAUGAUUGCCAUAGAUCCAUUUGUUCCUCAAUUUCUUAAUUUAUUUAUUCAAGUAACUCUCGUAUAGGCAUAUCAAAACAUAAGAAGAAAAGAAAACGUUUCCACUACUAAUAUCAAAAACUAAUGCAUUUACUUGUGAUCCAAUUCAUUCCUUUUGCAUUAUUAUUAUAAACUUUUCGUUUUUUUGUACUCUUAACUAAUAUAUUUAUAUAUAUAUAUUCUUCUACAUCACUUUGGAAUUAUAACUGUAAUUGCUGUU